CGAUAUCCCGCGAUGAAUUAUGCCGCGUUCUGUGAUGCUAGUCUCGUUCAGUUCGGGUGCGCCAGGGACGUAGAGUGCGGCCCAAUACUAUUCUAUUAUUAAUGCAGAUGGAACAUGUCGCAUUGUGACAGCUAUUGAUAUAAUAACGGAGCAAUCGUGGUAAAGCUUAUCUCAACAAGUAGAAGAAGAAAAAGAAAAAUUAUUACAUCAACAACUUUAAAAAAUGGCACAGAAAGAACAAAUCAAGCUUACUGAUGAACAAGUUGCAGAAUUCAGGGAAGCCUUCAACUUGUUUGACAAAGAUGGAGACGGAAGUAUAACAACGACGGAGCUGGGUACAGUCAUGCGCAGUCUCGGACAAAAUCCCACCGAAAGCGAGCUGCAGGAUAUGAUCAACGAAGUGGACUACGAUGAAAGCGGAACAAUCGAUUUUGACGAAUUUCUUCAGAUGAUGGCUCGUAAGAUGAGGGAUACUGACACUACAGAAGAAUUAAAGGAAGCCUUCAAAGUGUUCGAUAAGGACGGUAAUGGAUUCAUAAGCGCUUCCGAAUUACGUCACGUGAUGAAGAGUCUCGGAGAACGACUCACAGACGAGGAAGUUGAUGAAAUGAUCAAAGAGGCGGAUCUAGAUGGUGACGGCCAGGUCAACUACGAAGAGUUUGUUAAAAUGAUGGCUUCUGGGAAGAAAGACUCAUAGAAGUCAACUAACAAGACAUGGAGUGAAUGCUGAGAGAAAUUACUUAUCAAUCUACUAACGAAAUUAAGAUCAUUGUUGAAAAUGGACGCUGACUGAAAAUCACAUACCGGUGUUCAACACUUCAGUUGAACUACAUGUUCGAAUCAAUACUUGUGCGAGUGAAUGCAAUUUACGUUUCAUAUUUUUCAAGUUUGCUGAUAAAAUAUAAUGCUCAAAACUGCUGGUUUGAUGAAGAUUAAUCCGUAUUAGACUGUUUUAUACCGUAUGAACAUGUAUUUUUUGUCUUAUCACAGUUCAAUGUUUAUGGAUUUCAUUAUAUAUGCACUUAGUACAUUUAUUCAUUUAGCGUUUAUAGAUCCUAAUGCACAAAGUUAUUAAUUAUGUAUUUAGAGGAAAAGAU